GGUAUCCGCCCAUAUACGCGUUAAGGCCAACCUCAGCUGAAUCGAGAUUCGAGAGUAGCAGGCCAAAGGCUGGAUCAAAUGGAAGGUUCAAUCGAUUAAUUUCCUUACUUUCGUCUGCUUUUUCAAAGACGUUAAAUAUACACACAUGCGGCCGUUUCAAUGUGAAGUAGGAAAUGCAGAAAUCGUGUGAAAAAGGAGAAUUAUCUGCUUGACUUGAUAUUUGGUCGCUACUUCGGACGCGGAACUCCACGCUAAAGGUGAACAAUGACAGAAUACAAGCUGGUGGUGGUGGGAGCAGGAGGCGUGGGCAAGAGUGCACUCACCAUCCAGCUCAUCCAGAACCACUUUGUGGAUGAAUAUGACCCCACCAUUGAGGACUCGUACAGGAAGCAGGUGGUGAUUGACGGGGAGACGUGUCUUCUGGACAUCCUGGACACUGCAGGUCAGGAGGAGUACAGCGCCAUGAGGGACCAGUACAUGAGGACAGGAGAGGGCUUCCUCUGUGUCUUUGCCAUCAACAACACCAAAUCCUUUGAGGACAUCCACCACUAUAGAGAGCAGAUUAAGCGUGUGAAAGACUCUGAGGAUGUACCCAUGGUGCUGGUGGGGAACAAGUGUGACCUGCCGUCCCGGACAGUGGACACCAAGCAGGCUCAGGACUUAGCACGCAGCUAUGGUAUCCCAUUCAUCGAGACCUCAGCCAAAACCAGACAGGGUGUUGAUGAUGCCUUUUAUACAUUAGUGCGGGAAAUCCGAAAACACAAGGAGAAGAUGAGCAAGGAGGGCAAGAAGAAGAAAAAGAAGUCCAAGACAAAGUGUAUACUCAUGUGAAUAUUGAAUCCCCCCCUUUUCAAGAUAUAAAAAAAGGAAAAAUGUGUUAAAACAGUUAAUGUAAUACAUUUUUGUACAUUACACUAAAUUAUUAGCCUCUAUCUUAGCACCCACAAUAUCGAAUAUGGAAACUAAACCUCUUUUUAGCUGCCUUUUUCUGUUGUUUUGCUAUCUUGAAACCAAUAAGCUUGCUAUUUUUUAACUAUUUUACUUUCUGUUUAGUGCCAGUUGCCCAGAAGUGUUGGUACAAUAUGUUGCUUUUCAAUUUAGGAGCGGUACACAGUAAAACAAAAUUAUUUUAUUAAACAUGCAAGUUCACAAAUUUCUGGACAUUUUGGACAAUAGAAAAAGCAAGCCUAAAAUUGUUGUCCCUCUGCUGGUAGAGCUUGAGUUGCUCUUAACAGUUUGGGGUGCCAAAGCGUUCAAGUCCAUCUCAUUCCAUUGGACAGCUGGGAGACAUGUCCAACACCUUGAUUGGGGGAAAUUCCUAAUGUUCCGGCCACUGUGUAAUAAUGCUUAGACACCUAUGAUAUGAAUAACUAAUGUCAUGCAGUACUUGAAGCAUGCAUGUGAACUUUCUGCUGUAUCUACUUAAAAAUGUCCUGGUUACCCUUUUAAUUUACUAGUAAUUUGUUGAUUGUUUUUUUGUAAUUUGUGGGUAGUUUCCGGCCUACAAGAGAAACUUCCCUUUUUGCAUGCCAUGUGUUCUUACUAGUCAAUGGGAAUGGCACAGUAAUACUAAAUACUAUAUGAUACUGAUACAGCCUCUUAGGCCCGGAAUGCAAAAUCUGUGUCUAGUUUGGCCACAUUAUUAUUAUUAUUAUAAUAAUUUUUUUGCGUUUCGGGUUUCUUUUCCAUUUAUAUUCUCUACCCGAUCUGAUCUUUUGGGUAUAAACCAGUUGUAGCUGGUGGAAAUCUUUUGUGACAACUGUUCGAAGUGGCAAGUGUGAAUCAAAAUAGAUUUUUAUAUAAAGGAAGGUAUCAGCAUAGCUUCUGUCAGCAGUGUUGAAUGGGCGUGACACUGCAUGUUGCUUAAGUCAAUGCCUUGUCAUAAGCCAGUGUGUCUGUUUUAUGAUUCAAUUUGAUAAUCCCUGGUCAUUCCAAAUGUUCUAAAAAAUUUGUUGAUUGUUCUUGAAGACCUUGUUUGAGCUUUGAACUUCCCCUCGUAUCCUCAGGAUUGUGGUUUUCAAAAACAGACCUUUCCAAUUAAAAGGAUAAUUGACCUAAGUAACCCAUUGUACCUCAUCUUAUAUAUUGAAUUAGAGAUUUUGACUUUUUCUAUUGCAUUGAAAUUGUUGUAUGAAAAACAAGUUGCAUGCUGCAAUCAAAACGAAACUUUUAAAUCAAGUUGUCUAAUGAUGUGGAUGUAUUAUUCAGGUGAACUGAUGUCUUAUGGAAUAGAUAUUUAAAACGCCCAACAGAUCUGAACAGAAUAUGCCUUGCACAUUUCCCCAAGCCUUUGUUUUGUACGUAUUGCUGCCAUAAACUUAUUCACCUGUUUCUAGAUUGGCAAGCUUUGGCAAAGCAUCUUAAAAGCAUCUUUUAUUUUUUUGAAUUCGUUUUUUGCUACUUCAAUAGAUGCGACUCCAUAGCAAUGGACAUGGGGUGUUAAAAAUGUGUUGCUCAUUUUUCUCUAAGAGUUUGAUUUAUUUUGUUUGUUAGCACUUGGGUGGAAAGGUGUUAAAUGGGUUUUGCUGGGCUGUCUUUCAAGGGAAUUCAUUGGUCCAGUCAAAUUUUUAGCUCUCAGAAGCUGCUUUUUUGCGAUGUGACUGGAACAGAUGUCUGUUAAUGAGGCAAUAAUUUGCCAUUACAUUUGGGUUUUUUUAGAGAGAAAAAAAUAAAUUUAUAAAAACAUGGUUGCUUUUCAGGGUCAACAUGUAUUCCACAACCUUAUUACCAGGUUUUUACCUUUCGGUAGUCUUACACUUUAAUUUUUUUGCAUCCGGUGCUUCAGUCGGAUGGUAAUGAGACACCAGUGAGCCGAGACUGAAUUUAGGAUUCUCUGUAAUGUCUUUCCAAGAGCUACCAACUCUGCUGUUCAACCAGAUUAUGAUUCUGAAGAGAUGCAUAAUACAAUACAUAUUGUUUGGUUACAAUUGAUGCUUUCUUACCCACGUGUGUCUUACCUCCCUUUUGUUCUUAAAGUAAGAUAUUAACUGUUAAUGCAUUUCUGAUUAUGGAAUUUCAUUUGUUAACAAUACUGUAUCAAAGUCAUUCUUCAGGAAUGUUCCAUCUCCUUUUUUGUGUGCCAACGGCUGAUUUCUGAAGAAAAAUCAUUUAUACCUGGAUCGUAUUUUAACAACCUUUGUAUAGUUGUGAUACUGAAAGGUGCAUAUUUUGUAAAUUGUGCUUCAUUUUGUUAGUGUGUCUAAAUGAAUGUUGCUUUAUUGGAGUUUUCAAUACUCUGUGUAUGAUGGGACUCAGGAGAGUGACUGGGUCCAGGUCUAGAGGAGUGAAUGAAUCACCAGUGUUAGACACUUCCUAGGAGAGCUCUUCUUGGGCAGUGUGUAGUGGUGAUCAGCUCUCAAAUCUGUCUAUUUUUUUGCCAUGAAUCUCACCACUCCUAUUUAAUGUGUAAUAAAGACAAAAAAUAAAGAUA